UGGUAUCACUAUUUGGGAUUUCUAUGACCCUGUGAGUCCAACUUCCACGUUCUUGGAGUUGAGGGAGGGGAGAGGGAGCGGAGAGGGAAGCUAAUGAGAUGGUCAUAGAACUCCUGGACACCGGGUGUUUUUGCUGGAUAUGGAAGCGCUGGGCUUUGGUUUGCGAAUUUUACGAAACAUCCGGCUUACCAGGGGAUUGUGGAUGCAUUUAAGAAUGGGACAGUGACAAUCACGAGUCCGGUGACUGUUGGGAAUGGGACAGAUGAUUUGGGGGAGAUGGUUCGGACAACCCGUAUGAUAAUGGGGAUGCCGACGAGGAUGAUGAGAUGAUGGAGACGAUGGAGAUGAUGGAGAUGAUGGAGGUGAUGGAGAUGAUGGAGCUGAUGAUAAGGAUGAUGAUUCACCACAUCACCAUGGCUGGGGCGGGGAUGGGAGUAGGCAUGGGUGGGGAAGGAAUGGUGGAUGGGCAAGCAUGGAGGAUGGUAAGUGUACCAGUAUUAAAAGGAACAAUGUGGUAAUGGGGUGGUGAUAGUUCUGGUAUCAAAUGGACCAAUGAGUAGACAGA